AUUGAGAUAGUAUGGACUAUUUUGCAAUCUAAAUGAUUCUUUAAUUUUCCUUUUUUUUUGUUUUUAAUAUUUCCAUGCAUUUAACCAAUUAUACUUGCUAAGGUUCUAAAUUGAUUAUCCACACAAUGUUCGCUCAAUGCCCAUCAGAAAAGAUGAUGAAGUUCAAGUCGUUUGUGGACAUUACAAAGGACAGCAAGUAGGAAAAGUUGUUCAAGUCUACAGAAAAAAAUUCGUAGUUUAUAUUGAAAGGAUCCAAAGAGAAAAAGCUGAUGGAGCCAGUGUAUAUGUAGGAAUUGACCCUUCCAAGGUGGUAAUUGUGAAGCUUAAAAUGGACAAAGACCGUAAAAAUAUUAUUGACCGAAGAGCUAAAGGACGUGCUCUUGCUCUUGGCAAAGAUAAGGGAAAAUAUAAGGAAGCAGCAACUGCUGUAGAAACAUCUUAGAUAUAUUUUUCUUUUAUAAAUAAAAUAAUAAGUUAAACAA